AUGCAGCGCCUCAUAAAUCCGCUCCUCAGGCACGUAAUUCACAGGGGCUGCUUUGAUUCUGCUUCAAAGAGGCAGCACCUGCAGUAUUUAAGAGCUCUGCAGACACUGCAGCUUGAUGGUUUCAACACCAUUUUUUUAGGAGAAACAGACAUUCCAGAAAGUCUUAUAACAGGAGAACAAGUAGCUGAGGAGGAUAGUGCGCGCUGGCCGGUAUGGACACUUGUUCACGCAGGCAGCUGCCAAGGGUGGGUUCCCUGGAGGUACAAACUGCUACUAAGAGGUGAUCUGCCCAUCAACCAGCAGAACAGCAUCUUUCAGGAGCUGUGCGAAUCUCUGACCAUGUCCUAUGGCAAGUGUGUAAUUGUGAUGAGGGAUAAAACACGGCCAACGUUCAUGGGGGAAAAAGACAGAAAAGAGACGGAGACGGGAACUCUGCUGCCAGUUCCAUCAGCUAUCUACAUGUCCAGCACUGAGUGUUGCCCCGAAGUUGCUAGAGCCAAUGGCCAUGAGCUUCUUGUUGUGCCUUCGUCUUACAACUACCUCUGUCCUAUGGAUGUCGCCUGGUCAUCUUUGAAAUGGUUUAUCACAAACAACAGGAAGGACUUUACCUUGAGGUCUAUUGAGAGGACCCAGUCCUAUAGGUGUAUCCUCUUCAGUGACUUGAUUGUUAAGGGAAUAGAGAAUAUGACCCCAAACAAAUGGAAGGUAGCGAUUAAUAGAGUGAAGAGAUGGGAGAACUACUACCUCAACACACUUUCUUAA